AUGAGUCAGAUUAUCGGGAGCCGCACAUUUUCGCCCAGAGAUACAUCCGCCCAGGGCAGGGCUUUUUCUACACCACUUCCUUCAUAUCAUUCCACUUUGCCUCUACUGCCUAAGCUGCUUCCUUCCUUCAAAAGGAACAGCGCUGCAUCGACCAGUAAAGCACCUCAAGUGCACAACGGUGUCGUACCACCCAAUGGACGCUACCACCCUUACAACCUCGAUCCCAGACGCACUCAUCGUCUAACAGCAAGCAACCUACUCUGGGCCAAGCCCAACAAUUACCGCUCAGACCUACAGAAGCUUCGCUCUAAGGUCAGCUCGUGGGCCGAAGCAGUUCCCAGAGACGCAUCUGACCCAUCCGUUCCCAUCUACAAACCCCACUGGUGGUCGAACGAUGACGCCACCACCGUACUCGCAUUCGCACUCUCAAAGGACUAUCACCCUCGUGGGAUCCAUGAGAAUCUCAAAGGCACACUCUCCGAGAACAUCGCCCCCACUGUAUAUGCUACCAUUCAGCAGUACAAGGUCUUACAGCAGCCUCACAUCACUGCCAAGUUCACGGAGAAACAGAUCCAGUGUCAUGACCGCAUCUUACGACACCUGGGAGCACUCAACAAGAGGAUUGGGAAAGGCGAUGACUUUACAUUCAUCGAUAGACGCAUCACCAUUAAGCUUUGCGUGGAACUAGGAAAGAUCUCGUUCAGAGGAAUUAACAAGGAGCAGGAGCACGUAGGAAGAGAUAUUUUGAGGUUCGAGAAGAAGUUGUGCUACUGGCCUUACUAG